AUGAUAGGUUUCAUACAAAGUUUUCUUGAUUUGCGCGGCAUCAUCAAGUCAGAGAAAACAACUCUGCGUGAGCCACACCAUUUGCUGGAUCUUCUGCGCAUAAUGAUCGUGGUUGAAGAUUGUAAUAAAGAGGGGGAUCAUACAUUAAUAGGAGGAAUGCCAUCCAAUGACCAGUCAUCAAAGGGAAAGAAAAAUAUCAAGAAAAAGUUGCAAACACAUAGGAACAUACAGGAACUUUUAACAGCAGGCUUUAAAAUCAAGGAAAACGUUAACCAAAGUCUCACAAACAUCCAUGUUGACGGUCUGAAGCUCUACCUUUCUCGGCUCACUAUGGAUGACUUCACAGCUCAAACAUUUUUGAACAUGAUAGCGUACGAGAUGUGCCCAGACUUCAAGAACCAUUACGAGAUCAGUAACUAUGUGUGGUUCCUUAAUUCCUUGAUUGAUCACGCAGAUGAUGUCAAAGAGUUAAGGAAAGCUAGGGUUCUGAACAACCUUCUUGGAAGCGAUGAGGAAGUGGCAAAAAUCUUCAACACAGUAAGCACUGACUUGGUGAUUUAUACAGGAAAGUAUAAGAAUGUGACAGAUGAAAUUGAGCAACUUUACAAAAAAAAAGUGAGCAUUUGGUUAACUGAAUUGCGACUCAAGCAUUUCAACACCCCGUGGAAAAUCAUAGGCUUAAUAUCGGCUGUGCUUGGGGUUUUUCUCACUAUUGUCACCCUCAUGAGGGAAUUAAGGGGUAAGAUCAAGAUGGAUUAG